UCUAUCAGUUGGUGUACAUUCUUGUGUGCAGACUACAUACUUGUGUACAUACUUUCAAAAGAAAAGUUGCUCAGAAGACAAGCGCUUACUAAAAAUAGAAUACUUUUUUCCUCUCUUCCGCAACUACUUCUUUUUCUGCACUUUUUCACACAGCAUCUUCUUCUGUUGCAACCUGUUGCUCAUCACACACACACACACACUCACACAUACACACACACACACACACACACACACACACACCACUCACACGCUCACUAAGAAGAGAGAAGCAGAAAAGAGGAAGCAGCUCGUGUGCUGUCUUUCAUCCGCCAUAUUUCCAGCCUGAGAAGCCGAGAUGAAGGACCGACUGAGCGAGCUCCUCAGCCUGGCCUCCAAGCCUCCAGACGUGGACCUGGUCCUCAGGGACAGCCCGAAGGACACGCUGGAAGACUACCAGGGCGAGGAGGCCAUGGCGGCCAUCCACAGGGAGGCUCAGGCGGCGAGGAAGGAGAUGCUGCUGCUCAAGAUGGACGUGAAGCGUCUGGGGAAACAGGGCAGCAGGUUCCUGACGUCGGUGAGGAGGUUCAGCAGCAUCAAGCGCGACUCCAACGCUGUGGGCCGCGCCAUCAAGUCCCGGGGCGAGGCCGUCUACGCCCGCCUGGAGAGGCUGAAGGCCGCCGGCGAAGAUCUGUCCCGGGAACACGGCCCCUCCUCCACCCUGGCCCGCAUGGCACGCUGCCAGCACGCCUCCCUGACCUCCGCCUUCCAGGGCGCCAUGUCCGACUACAACCGCGCCGAGAUGGAGCUGCGGGAGAACUGCCAGACGCGCAUCCAGAGGCAGGCGGAGAUCGUGGGCAAGGAGGUGAGCCGCCAGCAGAUCGAGGAGAUGCUGGAGACGGGGAAGUGGAGCCUCUUCUCCGACAACCUGCUGUGCGAGGGCCGCGGCGCCCGCUCCGCCCUCAGCGAGAUCGAGAGCCGGCGCCGGGAGCUGCUGGAGCUGGAGGGACGCAUCCGGGGCGUCCGCGAGCUUUUCCUGCAGAUGGCGCUGCUGGUGGAGGAGCAGGGCUGCCAGCUGGACAACGUGGAGGCCAACGUGGCCCGCGCCUCGGACUACGUGAGCCAGGCCUCGCAUCAGGUCAGGAAGGCCGUCAGGUACAAGAAGGCCAACCCCUGCAGGAAACUCUUCUGCUGCUGCUGCUGUCCUUGCUGCGAGUGACCACGCCCACUUUCUCGCCUUUUCUUUGCCACACAACCUCCAAGACUCACUGACUUCACUUCUUCUUACAACAGCCUUCUUCUUCGCAACGGUGCUUCACUUCUUUUUACACUUGUGCAAAAACAUCUUGACUGUGACUCUCACACAAUAACAAUACAAACUGCAAUAUAUUCAUACUGCAAAAAGCAGGAAGAAGACGUAG